GAGUGCUGGCACACUGUCCCAAAAGUUCUUUUUUAGAAGGCUAAAAGAAAAAGAAGAAGAAGGGAAAUUUCGUGGACAUUUUGAGAAGUGUAGCACUCGGUGCGGAAAAAAAGUUUUGAGAAAAAACUAUUUUUUGUGAAUAUCCAGUGGUAAAAAAAGAGCAGUGACUAGCAAAAAUGGAUGAGGAGUACGAUGCAAUUGUCCUGGGGACGGGUCUUAAGGAAUGCAUUCUGAGUGGAAUGCUUUCUGUGUCGGGCAAAAAAGUCCUCCACAUCGACCGCAAUAAAUACUAUGGUGGCGAGAGUGCCUCCAUUACGCCGUUGGAAGAGCUGUUCCAGCGAUUCAAUGUCGACGCCCCGGGCGACAGAUAUGGUCGCGGACGAGACUGGAACGUGGACCUCAUCCCUAAGUUCCUCAUGGCAAAUGGGUUGCUUGUGAAGCUGCUCAUCCACACGGGCGUGACCCGAUACCUUGAGUUUAAGUCCGUUGAGGGCAGUUACGUGUACAAGGGGGGCAAGAUCAGCAAGGUUCCUGUAGAUCAGAAGGAGGCCCUUGCAUCUGAUCUUAUGGGGAUGUUCGAGAAGAGACGUUUCCGUAAUUUCCUGGUGUACAUCCAGGAUUUCCGGGAGGAUGAUCCGAAGACAUGGAAGGAUUUUGAUCCAAACACCAUGUCAGCUCAGGCACUCUAUGACAAAUUUGGCUUGGAUAAGAAUACUCAGGACUUUACUGGACAUGCCUUAGCACUGUACCGAGAUGACGACUAUCUUAUGGAGCCGGCACUCAAUACCAUUCGUCGUAUAAAGUUGUAUUCGGACUCGCUGGCUCGUUACGGCAAGUCUCCCUAUCUCUAUCCCAUGUACGGUCUUGGGGAACUGCCUCAGGGAUUUGCCCGGUUGUCUGCAAUCUACGGGGGCACCUAUAUGUUGGAUAAGCCCAUUGAUGAGAUUGUCCUUGAUGACAGCGGAAAAGUUGUAGGAGUGCGCUCUGGAACUGAGGUGGCUCGCUGCAAGCAAGUUUAUUGUGAUCCUAGCUACUUUCCACAGAAGACUCAUAAGAAAGGCCAAGUCAUUCGAUGCAUUUGUCUGCUGGAUCAUCCAAUUGCCAAUACGAAAGAUGCUCUUUCGACCCAAAUUAUCAUUCCUCAGAAGCAGGUGGGACGCAAUUCGGACAUUUAUGUGUCACUGAUUAGUUACACGCACCAAGUGGCUGCCAAGGGAUGGUUCAUUGCCAUGGUGUCUACCACGGUUGAAAGUGACAAUCCUGAGGCUGAGAUUAAGCCGGGCCUGGAUCUCCUUGGACCCAUUACGCAGAAGUUUGUGUCAAUUUCCGAUUAUUUGGAGGCUACGGACAAAGGUCUUGCGUCUCAGAUCUUCAUAUCAGAGUCCUACGAUGCGACUACUCACUUUGAGACCACUUGCCUAGAUGUGCUGGACAUUUUCAAACGUGGUACAGGUGAGGAGUUUGAUUUUUCGAAAAUUAAGCACGAAUUGGGUGAUGAGGAGCAGUAAAUGCUAUUGCAGUUGAAUGAAAGAUUAGAUGUCAGUGGGAAAAAAUAGCUAUACACAUUUAUUUUUCCUUUUUUUAUAUUCUUCAAUUAUACAUUUAUCUACAUGAAGAAGAAAAGAAAAUCAUCAAGAACAAAGUCAUAAUUAUACAUAAAACUGCACACACAUUUGCAGAAUUUUUAGAAACAUGAGAAUUAUAUAUGAAAAAGAAAAAAAAUGAAAUUUAUACAUAAAAAAAACAAUUGAUCCAAUUUAUUAGCUGAGAGCCCUUCACACAUGCGCGCAUUCUUUUACCAGUUUACAUCGAAAUGUAAUGUUUUUAAAAGUAGCAUUUAUAGGGGAGAAAGAAGAAAAAAAAGCAGCCCUUAUUGUGGAAACUACAACAAAAAGAAAUCCCUAAUAGAAUUUAUUCAUAAUUAAACAAUACGUACACCGCGAGCUAAAAUUCAUGCGACUAGCAGCCCAAAUCACACACAAUAUAUCAGAGUGUAGCUAAAAAAAAUUAUUAAAAAAAAAUAUUUUAUUAAAAUAAUAAAAAUAUUUGUAUUAUCCAAUUAUUUCCUUUAAGCAUAAAUUCAACUAAACAUUCUUUCUGCUUCUCUAAUGUGCCCAAAAAUUUUAGAGAAGAGCCAAGAAUCUUAUUUCUCAAUCAUUUCCAUAUGAUUACUUUUUCCACUUUUUCUCUAUUAAAAUUAAUUUCAUAUUAUGUAGUUGUGGGCAAAAAAAAAGGUUUUAAUAGAAAAGUAAUUAAGAAAAAAAGAUCCCUCUUGCUGUUAUAAUGAGAAAAGAAAAUAUUAGAAAAUAAAAUGUUAUUCAAAAAAAUAAAGAAAAAAGCGUCGGGAUAUUGCAGAGAAUUUUCAUGGAUGAAAAACAAAAUUAUCUAUGUAAUAUUGAAAGAAAUAAAAGAAUAAAUUGAAGGAUAAAAAAUUGAGAAUUUGCUUUAGAGUUGUAAGAUGAUUUCGAUGUAAUUGCAUGCUAAAAUUAAGAAAAUGUAUUGAUAUGAAUAUAAUUGAUAAAUAAAAAAAAACCUGAGAAAAAAA